CCUCCCCUUCCGCCUACUCCCCCUCCAUCCUCCAUCAUGCAGUUCCAGAUCCGCGGCACGCCCAUCGGGCCCAUGUCGCUCAUCGUUGCCGUGCUGGCCUCGAUGGGCGGUUUCCUCUUUGGCUAUGACACGGGCCAGAUCUCGGGCAUCCAGGAGAUGGAUGACUUCGUGCGGCGAUUCGCCACCGAAUUCGACCCAAACAACUCUACGCCUGCACGGGACUUCAAGGUGUUCAACGACUGGCUCAUUGGUCUCAUUGUCUCUCUCCUCUCGGUCGGCACAGCCGUCGGCUGUCUGAUUGGUGCGCCCCUUUCGGAUCGCAUCGGUCGUCGAUGGGCAAUGUUCUGGGAAACAAUCAUCUUUGACAUCGGUGUUAUUAUCCAAGUCACGUCGUUCCAGGCCUGGUACCAGGUCGCAAUUGGAAGAUUCAUCACGGGUAUCGGUGUGGGCGCUCUCUCAGCUGCAGUGCCGCUCUACCAGUCCGAAACUGUCCCUAGGCAGAUUCGGGGCGCCCUCGUCGCAACCUACCAGCUCUUCAUCACCCUCGGCAUUCUUGUCGCCUACUGCAUCAACAUUGGCACCCGAAGUCUCGACAACUCGGGCUCUUGGCGAAUUCCCGUCGCCCUCGGUAUCGCAUUCUCCACAAUCCUCGGCGUCGGCAUUCUCUUCUGCCCAGAGAGCCCUCGAUGGCUCAUGGCAAACGAUCGUGCUGACGAGGCCUACAGGGCCGUGGCCAUCGUUCGCGGUACCAAGCCCUCUGACUCAAACCCGUGGGUCGAGGCCGAGUACGCCGAAAUUGUCUCCAAUGUGGAGGCGGAUCGCAAAGUCAAGGCGGGAUCGUGGCGCGACUGCUUCCGACCACAGCACAAGGUCCUCUACCGCACCCUUCUGGGCAUCACUUUGCAAGCUGGUCAGCAGCUCACUGGGGCGAACUAUUUCUUUUACUAUGGAACUUCGAUCUUCACCUCCGUCGGCUUGAGCGACCCUUAUGUGACGCAGAUCAUCCUGGGAGCAGUCAACUUUGGCUGCACUUUCCUCGGUCUCUACGUUCUCGAGCGUUUCGGACGCAGGCUUCCGCUUAUUUUUGGCGCUGCCUGGAUGGUCGUCUGGCUUCUCGUCUUUGGUCUGGCCGGCACCGUGGGCGAUUCAACUGAAAAGUCUUUUGGAACGCUGAUGAUUGUCGCUGCGUGUCUCUUCAUCGUCGGUUACGCGUCGACCUGGGCGCCAGGCAUCUGGCUCUUCUGUGGAGAAUCCUUCCCUCGGUUGACUAGGGCUAAGCAGGCCGCCAUCGCCACACUGUCGAAUUGGGUUUGGAACUUCUUGAUCGCCUUCUUCACCACUCCAAUCACGGACAGCAUUCAGUUCAAAUAUGGUUUCGUGUUCGCGAGCGCCAACUUCCUCAACUUUUUCGUCGCCUACUUCUUCGUGUACGAAACGGCCGACCUGACGCUCGAAGCCAUCGACGAAAUGUACAACGACCCGGCGUGCAAGCCCUGGACAAGCCGGAGCUGGGUGCCUGCAGGCUUCACCUCGAGGAAAGACAUGGUCCAAAACAAGGACGUCGACGUCGAUUCGGAUGUCGUCAAGGUGCCCGACUCCAAGGCUGGACAGUGGAGAUCAAAGCCUGACCCUAUCACGGGCGAGGAGACUGACACGACGAGAAAGGCGCCAGAGACCAAGGUUGAAGGUGCAUAGGUUCUCCACUUUCUCAAUUUCCCUCUCCCGGCCGCUCAGCAGCUCUCUACCCUGUCAAUCCGUUGAUCUUCUCUCCUCUUUAACUUGCUAAUAAUUAAGCCCGCAAUCGUAAUCUUCAAGAGCGUCCCGCAAACCUGACUUUCGCUCACUUGCCCCAU